AUGUCUGAUGAUGGUUCAACUGCAGUUGAGAAGAAGGGAAGAGGUCGGCCAAAGGCAAAUGGAACACAAGCAGAAGCGAAAGGUGAUACAAAAAAAAGAGGGCGACCUGCAGCACCAGCAAAAGUAAAAGAAACUAAGAACUCUUCUGAUGAAGAACAGGCGCCUGUAGUCAAAAGAGGUCGUGGUAGGCCUAAAGGUUCUAAGAAAAAAGCAGCACCCAAAAAGGCUGCAUCUGGAGAAGGAAGUGGUAGAGGCAGACCACGUAAAGAUGCAGCUCCGCCCAAGAAAGAUACUGCCUCAUCUGAAGAGGAACAGGAAGAUGAAGAAGAAGAUGAAGGCUCAGACCAGUAA